AUGCGGACGGUCUUCAGGAAUGGCCGGGUCUUCACCGGCUUGCAGACCGAGUCAGCUUAUGGACGGCAUUCGUGCAUGAUCGUCAACGACGACAAGAUCGAAUAUGUGGGCAAAGACACCGAUCGCGAGGUCGAGGCGGCUGCUAACGAGGGUGCUACGAUCCUUGACCUCGGCCAAAAGACACUGGCACCAGGGUUCAUAGACAGUCACAUGCACCUUCUGAUGUUUGGGUUCUCCUUGCAAAAAAUCAGCCUCGAGCACUGUAAGUCCCUGUCAGACAUCCAGGCGACGAUCAGGCAGGCCGCGAAGGAGUAUCCCUCCAGGCCUCGGCUCCUCUGUCGAGGCUGGAUGCAUUUCAUGACGGAGGGACAAGCGUUAGCGAGUGACCUGGAAGCACUGGAUGAGCGGAACCGCCCGAUCUUCAUUGACUCAAAAGACUUGCAUUCGACGUGGUGUAACAGGGCAGCACUGGAAGAGAUGGCCGUCCAAGACAUGCCGGAUCCGCCAGGUGGGGAGGUCAAGCGAGACGAGAAGGGCAACCCAAGUGGCUUGAUGAGCGAGGCAGCCGGCAUCAUGUUCGUGUGGCCUCACCUUGCCAGGGUCGCGUCGAUGGAGGACAAGCUGACGGCCGUGCGUGAAGCAAUUAGGACGUACAAUGCCGCGGGGUAUACCGGCAUGAUAGAGAUGGCCAUGGACGAAAAUGGCUGGGAAGCCCUGCUGCAACUGAGGUCCAAGGAGGAAUUGUCCAUCCGCAUCGCAGUGUAUUGGCUGAUAGCUCCGUCGAAAACCGAUGAGGAGAACUUCCGCCAGGUCGAUCGUGCCGUCGAACUGUGGAAGCAGUAUAACCUGACGUCGUCUCCCGAUCUGCGAAUCGCCGGUAUCAAGAUCAUCGGUGACGGGGUAAUCGACGCCUGCACCGCGGCCUUGCUGGAGCCUUACUCUUCGACCGGGAUCAGCAUCGACCCGCUAUGGAAUGCUGACAUGCUCAAGAAGGUCGUCCAACGAGCAGACGCCGCGGGGCUGCAAUGCGCGCUGCAUGCGAUUGGCGAUGCCACGAUCAAGAUCUCAAUCGACGCCCUCGAGACUGUCGCUUCAAGCGGAAGACGACACCGCAUAGAGCAUUUGGAAUUGACGUCCCCAGGGGAUGCUAAGCGACUGGUGGAUGCUGGCAUCACUGCGUCGAUCCAGGCCGUGCACGCCGACCCUGCGAUAUUGAGGCAAUGGAACAACUUGCUCGGGGCGGAGCGACGGGGUCGCGCAUUCGCAUACCGGGAAUUUCUGGACGAAGGGGUCAGGCUGGCCUUGGGCACCGAUGCUCCCACAGCUCCUAACCUGCCUCUGCCCAACCUCUACACUGCUACGACGAGGAGAUCAGCGAGGGAACCGGACUCUGAGGAGGUGGUGAACAAGCACUUCGCGCUCCCAUUGCUGAACGCCUUCUCUGCAUCCACGCAAGGAGCAGCGCACAGUGUCUUCCUCGACAAGAUCACAGGGUCAUUAGAGGCAGGCAUGAAAGCGGACUUUGUGGUGCUGGACAUGGAGUGGUCGCCCGAUAGAUUGUUGCAGGCAAAGGUCACUCAGACAUGGUUCAAUGGGAAACAAGUUUAUGCCACGGCGUAG